AUGAUCAAACAUUACUCAAACAUCAUGAACUUCAUCCUCACCCUCUCCAUACUGGCCACACUGGCCACACUGGCCACAGCCUCACCGGCUCCCGCCCCAGCCUCUGCACUGUACGGCUGCACCGAAGGCCUGAAUUACUGCGGCCACACUCUUCUCAACAUGGGCUGGUCUCGUGACAAUAUCAUCGACGAUUGCAGCGGUAGACCCGACUGGCUCACCGCCAACAGCGUGGACAAUGUCCUCUUUCAUUGCACAAGCGGGGACUACCUCACGUUCAUUGAGAGCUGCAAUGCACCUGGUACUUGUGUGGAUGCCGGUUCUGGUAAUAGCGAUUAUUGCAGCUAA